GUUGGGAGUGUAUAUGAAAGGUCAGGGCCCUCAUUUAGACUGAAGACAGAAGAUUCCUGGGUGAUUAGCACAUGGGUGGCAAAUAGAGCUACUCCUAGAAGCACAUGCAGCUGGAGAGACACGCUGAGCUCAAACUCUGAACUACUGCGUGGAUGGAGUCUAGAGAAGUGAGAGGAAAGCCAGGAGCGUCUGCCAAAGAAACCACGUACACUUCUAAGAAAGGAGGAAAUGGCCAGUGAGUCAAAUGAUUCCCAGGAGGGUUCCUAGAAGGUGAGUAGGGACGGUAUGCAAAGUUGUGAAUCCAGUGGUGACAGUGCGGAUGACCCUCUCAGUCGUGGCCUGCGGAGAAGGGGACAGCCUCGUGUGGUGGUGAUCGGCGCCGGCUUGGCUGGCCUGGCUGCAGCCCGAGCCCUUCUGGAGCAGGGCUUCACGGAUGUCACUGUGCUUGAGGCUUCCAGCCACAUCGGGGGCCGUGUGCAGAGCGUGAGACUCGGACACGCAACCUUUGAGCUGGGAGCCACCUGGAUCCAUGGCUCCCAGGGGAACCCUAUCUAUCAUCUAGCAGAAGCCAAUGGCCUUUUGGAAGAGACAACUGAUGGGGAGCGCAGCGUGGGCCGCAUUAGCUUCUACUCCAAGAAUGGCGUGGCCUGCUACCUUACUAACCGUGGCCGCAGGAUCCCCAAGGACGUGGUUGAGGAAUUCAGCGAUUUAUACAACGAGGUCUAUAACUUGACCCAGGAGUUCUUCCAGCAUGGUAAACCAGUCAAUGCUGAGAGUCAGAACAGCGUUGGGGUAUUCACCCGAGAGGAGGUGCGCAACCGCAUCAGGGACGACCCUGACGACCCAGAGGCCACCAAGCGCCUGAAGCUCGCCAUGAUCCAGCAGUACCUAAAGGUGGAGAGCUGUGAGAGCAGCUCUCACAGCAUAGACGAGGUGUCCCUGAGUGCCUUCGGGGAGUGGACCGAGAUCCCUGGUGCCCACCACAUCAUCCCCUCUGGCUUCAUGCGGGUUGUGGAGCUGCUGGCUGAGGGCAUCCCUGCUCAUGUCAUCCAGUUGGGGAAGCCUGUCCGAUGCAUCCACUGGGACCAGGCCUCAUCCCGCCCACGGGGUCCUGAGAUUGAGCUUCGGGGUGAAGGUGACCACAAUCACGACACUGGGGAGGGUGGCCAGAGUGGAGAGGGUCCCCAGCAGCGUAGGUGGGAGGAGGAGGAACAGUGGCCAGUGGUUGUGGAGUGCGAGGAUUGCGAAGUGAUCCCAGCGGACCAUGUGAUUGUGACGGUUUCGCUGGGUGUCCUCAAGAGGCAGUACAGCAGCUUCUUCAGGCCAGGCCUGCCCACCGAGAAGGUGGCUGCCAUCCAUCGCCUGGGCAUUGGCACCACCGACAAGAUCUUCCUUGAAUUUGAGGAACCCUUUUGGGGCCCUGAGUGCAACAGCCUGCAGUUUGUAUGGGAGGAUGAAGCAGAGAGCCGCACUCUCACCUACCCACCAGAGCUCUGGUACCGUAAGAUCUGUGGCUUUGAUGUCCUCUACCCACCAGAGCGCUAUGGCCACGUGUUGAGUGGCUGGAUCUGUGGAGAAGAGGCUCUGGUCAUGGAGAAGUGCGAUGAUGAGGCUGUAGCUGAGAUCUGCACAGAGAUGCUGCGACAGUUCACAGGUGGGCCCUGUGUUCAAGUCAUCUGUGCCUGGCCCUGUUCUCAUCUCCUAGGGAACCCAAACAUUCCAAAACCUCGGCGAAUCCUGCGUUCAGCUUGGGGCAGCAACCCCUACUUCCGAGGUUCCUAUUCAUACACACAAGUGGGCUCAAGUGGGGCAGAUGUGGAGAAGCUGGCCAAGCCCCUGCCCUACACAGAGAGCUCCAAGACAGCGCAUGGAAGCUCCACAAAGCAGCAGCCUGGUCACCUUUUAUCAUCCAAGUGCCCAGAACGGUCCCUGGACCCUAGUAGGGGCUCCAUAAAGCCCAUGCAGGUGCUGUUCUCGGGUGAGGCCACCCACCGCAAGUACUACUCCACCACCCAUGGUGCUCUGCUCUCUGGCCAGCGUGAGGCUGCUCGUCUCAUCGAGAUGUACCGAGACCUCUUCCAGCAGGGGCCCUGAGGGCUGUCUUCACUGCCAAAUGUGUUCCUUAAAGAACCACUAACUCGUGAUUGCCCAUCCCUGUCCCUUGCCCUGUGUGCUCCUAACUUUGUAAUCCUCUGUAGAGUGGAAUUUUAUCUUUAUUAGAGCUGGAUACCUGGGCUGGCUUCAGUCAGACCCAGUCCCGUAGCUUUUCUUUUUCUCCAGGCUGGGUAAUGACCAGGUGGGAUGCUGACCUCCUGUUUUCCCUUCUUCGUCCAUGUUAUUGCAAGUGCCUUCAAUACUUUGCAUUUGGGGAUAAUAAAAGAGGCGAUCCUUCCCAUG